AUGAUGUUAUCAGCUUCACCGUCUUCUCUUGCGAGAAGCUCUUUGGAAGAGAUGCUUGAAUCUCUUCGCCAGAGAGACGAAAGUGAGAAGCCGAAAGACCUGCCGCCGGCAUUGCCAGCUAGGCCGAUGUCGAGAGGUAGGUUGCCGCCGGCGAGAAGGUCUUUGCCUAAAAGCUUUAAGGUGGAUGGAGAUGGUGAGAAGGAAGUGGGGCAUAAGAGGAAAGGCAGUUUUGGGAACAAGAAGUUAAUGUUGGAUGUUGAAUCUCCUUAUGUGGUUGUUUCAGAAGAGAAUUGUGUUAGUGAACAUCCUUCGCCUCGUCCUGUUUUUUUGAUUCCGGUGGAUGAUUCUUCUGUUGCGUCCGUGGCUCCGCCUUCGCCGGAAGUGGAGGAGAAUGACAAUGUUUCUUAUUUCAUCAAAAAGAAACUUCAUGUUUGGUGUAGGCAACCAAAAGGGAAGUGGGGUCUGGGAAGAAUACAGUCAACUUCAGGAGAACAAGCAAAUGUUUCACUCUCAAAUGGAGAAAUUAUGAAAGUGGCUAGAACAGAGCUCCUACCGGCUAAUCCUGAUAUUUUAGAGGGUGUGGAUGAUCUUAUACAGCUCAGCUAUUUGAACGAGCCCUCAGUUCUUCACAAUCUUCAGUUUAGAUAUUCUCAAGAUAUGAUAUAUAGUAAAGCAGGGCCGAUUUUAAUUGCAUUCAAUCCCUUCAAAGAUGUACAGAUUUACGCAAACGAGUAUGUCUCUGCUUAUAGAAAUAAGACUCUUGAUAGUCCUCACGUUUAUGCCAUGGUAGAUGCAGCUUAUAAUGAGAUGAUAGGAGAUGAAGUAAAUCAGUCCAUUAUCAUAAGUGGCGAGAGUGGAGCUGGGAAAACCGAAACAGCGAAAAUUGCGAUGCAAUACUUAGCUGCUCUUGGUGGUGGAAGCUGUGGGAUAGAAAAUGAAGUUCUUCAGACAAAUGUUAUACUAGAAGCUUUUGGCAAUGCAAAAACAUCUAGGAAUGACAACUCUAGCAGAUUUGGGAAGUUGAUUGAAAUUCAUUUCAGCGCAACAGGAAAAAUGUGCGGGGCUAAAAUUCAAACCUUUCUAUUAGAAAAGUCAAGAGUUGUUCAACUGGCUGAUGGCGAGAGGUCUUAUCACAUAUUUUAUCAACUUUGUGCCGGAUCUUCACCUGAUAUUAAAGCGAGAUUAAAUCUUAGAGCGGCCAGUGAAUAUAAGUAUCUAAAUCAGAGUGACUGCAUGACAAUUGAUUGGGUUGACGAUGCGAAAAAGUUUCAUAGGCUGAAGAAAGCACUGGAUGUCGUUCAAAUGUGCAAUGAGGAUCAAGAGCGAGCCUUUAAAAUGAUUGCUGCGAUAUUGUGGCUGGGAAAUAUAACAUUCCUAGAUAAUGAUAAUGAAAAUCACAUUGAAGUGGUGAAUGAUGAAGCUGUAAGCAAUGCUGCUUCCCUGAUGGGUGUCAGUUCUCAGGAGCUAAUAACAGUAUUAUCUACACGUAAAAUUCAAGCUGGCAAGGAUACUAUCACCAAACCACUGACAUUACGACAGGCAAUUGAUGCAAGAGAUGCAUUAGCAAAAUUCAUCUAUGCAAACUUAUUUGACUGGCUUGUAGAACAAGUUAACAAGUCACUUGAAGUUGGUAAAAGACGAACUGGGAGAUCCAUAAGUAUCCUUGAUAUUUAUGGGUUUGAGUCAUUCCAGAAAAACAGCUUUGAACAGCUUUGCAUAAACUAUGCCAAUGAGAGGCUUCAACAACAUUUCAAUCGGCAUCUGUUUAAAUUGGAGCAGCAGGACUAUGAAAUAGAUGGCGUUGAUUGGACCAAAGUAGAUUUUGAAGACAAUCAAGAGUGUUUGGAUCUCUUUGAAAAGAAGCCUAUUGGGUUACUCUCUCUGUUGGACGAGGAAUCAAAUUUCCCAAGGGCCACUGAUCUAACACUUGCCAACAAACUUAGGCAGCACCUGCAAUCUAAUCCUCGCUUUAAAGGGGAAUGGGGAAAGGGUUUCAGUGUUUGUCAUUAUGCAGGAGAGGUCGUGUAUGAUACAAAUGGCUUUCUAGAAAAGAACAGAGAUCCAAUGCCUUCUGAUUCUAUUCAACUACUAUCAUCAUGUAGUUGUGAACUGCUGCAGUCAUUCUCCAAGACGCUUAACCUGUCUCAGAAGCAAUCAAAUUCUCAGCACGUAGGUGCUUUAGAUUCACAAAAGCAGAGUGUUGGCACAAAGUUCAAGGGUCAAUUAUUCAAGUUGAUGCAUCAGUUGGAGAGCACGACGCCUCACUUUAUUCGUUGUAUAAAGCCAAAUGCAAAGCAACUUCCUGGCAUAUAUGAUGAAGAUCUUGUUAUCCAGCAGCUCAAGUGUUGUGGAGUUUUGGAGGUUGUUAGGAUUUCAAGGGCCGGAUAUCCUACUCGAAUGACACAUCAAGAGUUUGCCCAAAGAUAUGGCUUUCUGCUAUAUGAGGCUUACAUAUCUCAAGAUCCGCUGAGUGUCUCGGUUGCUGUUUUGCAACAAUUUAAUAUCCCUCCUGAAAUGUACCAAGUUGGCUUCACCAAACUGUAUCUUCGAACAGGGCAGGUUGGUGCACUCGAGGAUAAGCGAAAACAUGUUUUGCAGGGUAUACUCGAAGUUCAAAAAUGUGCUCGCGGUCAUCAAGCUCGCAGUCAUUACAAUAAACUUAAGAAUGGAGUGACAACUUUACAAUCAUUUGUUCGUGGAGAAAUUGCGAGAAGAAAAUAUGGUGUUAUGGUGAAGUCUUCUAUAACUAUUUCUUCUGAAAAUAUGGAGGAAAUACAGGCUAUCAUAACACUACAAUCUGUAAUCCGUGGGUGGUUGGUUCGAAAGCAUGAUAGUAGAUUUGAUAAGUUUAGGAAAUAUCGUGAGAAUGGAAAAUGUAGGCGAAGAUCGCGUUCAAAGAUUCCAGAAGACAAGGACGCAUCGAAAGAUCGGGUCCAAAACCUGCCUUCGGCUUUAGCAGAACUCCAAAAGCGGGUUGCCAAGGCCGAAGCAACUAUAGAGCAAAAAGAAGAGGAAAACGCCGAGUUGAGGGAACAGCUAAAACAAUUUGAGAAAAGGUGGAUUGAAUACGAGAAGAAGAUGAAAACAAUGGAGGAAAUGUGGCAAAGACAAAUGUCAUCUUUGCAAAUGAGUCUUGCCGCAGCCAGAACCAGCCUUGCAUCUGAGAAUGUGAAUGCUCAACCUUCAAGACAUGACGUUGCAUCACCUAUGCCUUUCUGUUAUGAUUCUGAGGACGCCACGUCGAUGGGAUCUCGAACGCCUCGAACGCCUGGUUGCAGCACACCUUUGAAAUAUUCUACCAGUCUUUCUGAUGUGAGAGCAACAAUGAGAGAUGGUCACGGUACUUUAAGCAAUCUGAUGAGAGAGUUCGAGCAGCGCAAACAGACAUUCGAUGACGAUGCAAGAGCUUUGGUUGAGGUUAAAUCAACAGGUCAUUCGAAUUCCAUUGAUGAACUGCGGAAACUGAAACACGUGUUUGAAGGGUGGAAGAAAGAUUACAAGAUUAGAUUAAGGGAGACAAAAGCAAGAAUAAAAUUAGGGAAUUCGGAAAUGGAAAAAAAUCGGCGAAAAUGGUGGGGGAAAUUGAGCUAUAGAGCACUAUAA